AUGAAGACACCUUCAUUGCUUGGGCCUGCGGCGGCCGGCCUGUCGACCUUGCUCACGGCCUUACCGACCGCGCACGCCAUGGCUUUCGACGCCAUUUCACUCCCCGACUUGGACCUGUCCUCUUUUGGCCGGGUCACUAUCACUGGGGACUUCAACGGGGUCUCCCUGUAUGAAUAUAAGGGACAGCACGAAAUCACCCAGAGCAACGGCUCUUCUUCAAUUCUCACACCACUCCCGAACGGUAUCCUCACGAAUCUUACCAAUGCCGAUGCGCAGAUCCAGGCCAUGUGCUCUUUCACUCAGAAAGAUGGGAAAUUUGCGGGAAUCUUCGUGGGUGGUAACUUCUCGACCUUGGGUGGCGUAGAAUCGCCUGGUGCGGCUUUGUUCAAUCCCAAUUCCAGCCAUGUGACAGCUUUGCCCGGUCUCAAUGGUUCGGUUUCCGCCGUAUUGUGCGACCAGGAUACCAACAGUGUGUAUGUUGGUGGUACCUUUUCCUACAAGAACAACACCAAUGUUGUCGCUUGGAGCCCCGAUGACGGCUGGACCGAUCUUUCUUUUCAGGGCCUCGAUGGCCCCGUCAAGUCGAUCUUGAAGACCCAGGAUGGCCACAUUAUCUUUGGAGGAUCGUUUCAGACCUCUGGCAACUCGACCGACAAAAAUAAAAAAGUUGGCCAGCAGAUUCUCAACUUGCAGAACGCCAAGAUCACCUCCGAUGCGCAAACCUCACUGAGUGGUUACCAGGACCCCAAUAAUGUUGUCUGUUCGACCAGCGGCGAGUCCGGACAGGGUAAGACCUGGUUGCUAGAUGAUGCAUCUCCCGGCUUCUGGCACGCCGACCUCGGUUUCACUUUCACCCCAAGCAGGAUUCGUCUCUACAACACUCAUAUGGACGGCCGCGGAACAAAGUCCUUCCACUUGAAGGCCAUUCCAGACGACGGCAUCAUGAACUUGACUUAUACCGAUGAUUCUGGCAAAUUGGCUCAUUGCGACCAGAACUGUCCACUCUCCGACAGUACCAAAGAAAAGUACCGCGACUUCACCUUCGUCAACAGUGUUGGUAUGCAAGGAUUUGAGAUCGAUAUUUUGGAGUGGUAUGGCCAAGGUGCUGGUUUAAAUGGAAUCGAAGUUUUCCAAGACGAAAUCUACACUUACGCCAACAACAACUUCAACGAGCCCACCUGUGCGGGUAUUGAAUACCCUGCCACUGCGAAGGUCUCCGGCGAUUGGUCGCCGCAGUCCACUUGGUUGAAAGCGAAAGUAACGGAUGCCAACUCUGCCGACACUUCUGUUGUCUUUGAACCCGAUGUGAAGAAGUCCGGUCGAUACCAAAUUGUUCUUUGGACCCCUGGAUACAAUCAAGCUAACACUUUCAAUUCUGGUGGCAUCGCUAACAUCACUGUCUCUCCGACGAAAAGCGGCACCGGCACCGCUCAACCUCCUGCAAGUACUCAGAACCAGGCGAACGAAAAGCUCGAAUACCUGUACGAGGGACAUGUUGAUGCAGCUAGUGAUGAUUUCCGACCUAGUGUCACUCUCCGCCCUAUUCCUGGACAGGGGAACAUUGACUUUUUGGCGGGACAUAUUAUCGUGCAGCCGCUUUUCAAUCUCACUGCGGGCUCCGAUUCUUCUUCCGACGAUGACGACUCUGGCGAUUCCGACGAUUCCGAUGACUUGAAUGGGAUCUUUGAGUGGGAUCCAACAUCCAAAGCCGAUUCCACCGACAGCAGCAAAUCUCAGAUCAACAAAGUAGGCGCUUCUCUCGGUAAAGAUGCCACCAUUACGAGCUUGGCUGAGAACGAUGGUGUGAUCUACGCGGGCGGUAAUUUCUCUGACAAGAGCGUUCACUACGUGAUGGCCAUUGACGAUGGCAACGCCACUGCUCUUUCAGAAGGUGGCCUCAACCGUGGAGUUAAUGCAUUGGCUGUUUUGGGUGAUACACUUUACGUCGGAGGCAACUUUACAGACACCUCAGAUGGUGGGUUUGACGGUCUCUCGUACGUGGCAUCUUACUCGUUCUCGUCCAAGAAAUGGGCUGCGUUGGGCAAAGGUCUCGAUGGCCCUGUCAGGACCAUUUACCCGAUCGAGUUGAAUGUAUCCUCUGCGGUCAAUGAGACCACCCUCGCCGUCAGCGGUGACUUCACCCAUAUUCUUGCUGCCAAUGGCAAUGCGCAAGUGUACGCCCCUGGCUUUGCUAUCUGGAUUCCUUCCAACAAGACCUGGCUCCAGACCUCCAAUGUCACUCAGAUGCAAUUCGCUGGCCAGCUUGCCGCAGUUGCCACUGUGAACGAUACAUCUAUCCUGGCGGGCAGCCUGGCCACUGAUGGAUACACUGCCAACGAUGCUGUUUGGUUGGACAACCCUGACGACAAAGUCAACCUGAUCCCCCUGUCCAUGAAUGUGGAUCACUCUCAUGACGCGAUUGGUCUGGUCUCCAGUGUUUACGACACUAGCUCUGGUCGCAACCUCACCAUCCUCGGUGGUCAAUUCAAUGCCACUGCUAGUGACGGGUCAACCAUCUCCAACCUGGCUCUUUUGAAUGGAACAGGUGAUUCACAAGUCAUCUCUGGAUUACCUAAAGGCCUGGAUAGCAACUCGACAUUCAUCGCCAUGUAUGUCUACAACGACACUCUAUACGCCGGAGGUAACAUCACUGGAUCCAUUGAUGGUUCCAGUGUUAACGGAUUUGUCACAUAUAACCUGACCAGCAAUGAGUUUGUUCAGGAUCAGCCUUGGUCGCUACGUGGCGGUGAUGUUGUUACCGUCAAUGCUAUCGCCAAGCACCCUGGCUCAUCUGACAUCUAUGUUGGCGGUGACUUCAAAUCCGCAGGCUCGCUGCCUUGUGCCACCGUUUGCGCCCUCGGCUCCGACAACUCGUGGAGCUGGCCUGGUGUGACGAUCAGUGGAAAUGUUCUGUCUCUCAACUGGGCAAGCUCGGAGACUCUCUAUGCUGCUGGUGAUAUUGAGGUUUCUGGCACCAAGACUCUUGUCGCGACGUUCAACACGAAGUCGCAGAACUGGACCCCUCUGAAGGGAGCUUCUGAGUCCGACCUCCCUGGUACCUUGACCGCAUUUGCACCUGCGAAAGAAGACAUCUCCGAAUUCUGGAUCGGUGGUACUUGGACCAAUGGCUCAGCGUACUUCCUGAAUUAUGACGGCUCAAAGUUCCAGACUCCGGGUAAUAUGUUCUCCGAGGGCACUUCUAUUCGUGGAUUAGAGAUCCUCCCCCUCAAGGACACUCACUCCUCUGUUUCUCUCCUGAACGACGACCAGACGCUGCUGAUCAUGGGUGAACUUGUCAUCCCAGGCUUUGGCAACGCGUCUGCAGCGUUGUAUAAUGGCACUGCUGUCACCCCUUUCAUCUUGUCGUCCAAGUAUGACGGUCAGCCUGGCAGUAUGUCUCAGCUGAUCUCGGAGAACAACAACCCUUACGACCGCAAACCGGGUGGCCACUCCAAUGGCAUUGUGGUUGUUGUAGCUCUCUGCUGUGCACUCGGCUGCGUCUUCCUUAUUGUUGUUGCUGGUGUCAUCUUGAACAAGAUCCAGCGCCGCCGCCAAGGCUACACUGCUGCCCCCCAGACAUUUGGCACUGACCGGCCAACUGACAUGCAACGUGUACCGCCUGAAUACCUCUUCAAUUCUUUGGGCAGAGCAACCCUGCUGCCCCGGCCAUCUAAUGACCUUUCAUCUCCCCUUUUUUUGCAUAAAAUUCUUCCGCGCUUUUCAAACUAG